AUGUCUCGCCGCCGUGCCUCCCACAGCGAAUCAUUGGGUCUAUCCUCCACUAUGAACGAAGCCUUUGCCUAUCCUUUCUCCGGGAUGCAACAGAGCAGUGCUCCACAACGACGCGGCCCGAUCGAAGGGCCCAACGGACGACGGUUGAUUCGUAGGGUCACCUGGCGAUCCUCCACGUACAAGCUGAUGGCUUGUCUGUGGGUGUUGGGCGUCUUCUAUAUCGUCUGGCUCAUUCGGGAUGUCUUCUACUAUCCAUUCUACUCCUCCUCCCAACAACCUCUCCCCCCCCAGCCAGCCAAUGAUUUGUUGGCUUCUUACCUGGGUCGUCAAGAGUGCGACAUCUCGUCCCUGUCCCUCUUCACCCCCCCUCCAUCCGGUGAUGGCGAACGAGCGUCAAGCAAUCCGUACUGCCAAACCCGUGACGCACUUCUCAGCGCCAUGAGCAAUGGCGGGCGUCAUGGCUUCGACGCUGCGUAUACUUCACAAGGGUGCUCCUAUCGUUGGUUCACCAGCGCUGAAGUGUGCAAUAUUCUACGCAAAUUUGAUGGAAUUGUCUUCAUUGGUGAUGAUUCUCUGGCCGACGCUUAUGCAGGGUUCAACAUUCUUCUCCGGGAGGACCUGGCGACCGGAUCCCUGAGAGAGUGGGAGAUAAACAAGGACCAUGGUCACAGUUGCCGAUGUGAAUCUCAGUUCACCAGUGCCUCAUGUGUGCCACUGCGGAUUACUUCAAGCGAUGAUGUACACGCGCAGGAUGGCGGCAAUCCCACUCGUAGACCCUAUACUUGUUCUUCCCAUACCCCUCAUGCAUUCCUCGCCACAGCCGGCUCGCCUGCUCCGAAGAACGCGUACGAAAAGUUCCGUCGAAUGGUCGGCCGAGGGGCUGGCCGGAACAAGCCAGUACCCGUGGUCUUGAGUCUUUCACUUUCCACGUCCUAUUCCUUGCCCACGGCCAAAAGUAGCAUGGAGGAAUGGCUCACAUUGGCCCAGGCCAGUGGACGAAACACCCCUUUUCUCUGGGUAGGCCCCACAGCCCCUGGGCUGCAAAAGGAUUCUGGAGACAACAUCCACGCGUCCAGCUGGCAGUAUUCACAAGAUACUGCUCAAGAAGCCCAUGAUCGAGGCCUAGAUGCCCUGGCUAUGUACAACGCAACACUGCAGGCCGACAGCUGGGAUGGAAAACACUAUGGAGAAAAGGUGGCUUUGAUACAGGCAAUGAUGGUUAUCAACUGGCUGUCUGCCAUCUAG